AAAAGAUGAAGAACUCUCUGCUCGCAGCUAUCUUUUUGUUUGCAACAGAUUCCUGCAACUGUGCAAACCAGGAUUUGCCAUUUUGCCAGCAGCUCCCAGAUUGGGACAAUGAACUGGUAUGCUACAAAGAAUUAAGUGAGGAUCUAACUUGCACCUGGCUGCCGGUACCGAGUGCUCCAAAUACCAUUAAUUAUACUGUAUUCUUAAAAUGGGACAGAAUAUCAAAACAUUUUCAGCGAAACACAUCAUCAUCUUCCAUCACGAUAGAAAGAAAAGAUCUUUUCAUGAAGCGAUCUGCAUCUAUUUGGAUAAGAGCACAUUACACCCAUGACAGCUGCCUGAUAGGAAAGACGAUCUCAGUUGUACCGGGCAAAGCAGGAAAGUGCUUAACACCAUCUAACAUAAAUGCUCAUCAGAUCGCUAACCAGUUGAUAGUAAAGUGGGACCUGCCCACAACUCCUGCACCAUAUGAGCUGAGAUACAGAGAGGCAUUCACACAACCCACUCGGUGGACGCUGGUUCCUGUAGAAAACAAUGCUGUCAAUGUCACCAUUUCAAAUUUAAAUGCUAUGUCUUCAUACAUUGUUCAGCUCAGAUGCAUAGCCAAGGAUGUUCUCCACUGUGUUUGCAUUUGGACUAAAGAGAUUUUGGUCCCUCACAAACUCACAAAAAAGCCAAGGAUAUCACAUAAUGAAACUACAGAAAUCUCUCCAGGCAGAAGAAGGGUUCUUCUGAAGUGGGAGGUAACACAAAGCAAGAACAUCCUUGGGUAUUACGUUAAGGUGGAAAGAAUACCCAACAGUUGCAGGGAUUCACCAAGUCCCAUCUUUCUAGAGGACAGAGAAGUUCUUCUAAAUCUAUCCAUGGCUUAUUAUAGUGUUAAUAUUUCUGCCUAUAACAAAGCAGGAGAAUCUCCACAAGCCAUCUACAUUGUUCCAGACUUCUCUGCAACAGACUUGCCUGGCCAGAUCCAUGUCAAAAACCAGGGAACUAAUGCAGUUGUCACCUGGACUCCAGAAUACAAUCCAAAAUGUUUUGUGGUUGACUGGGGCACUGGUAAAGGGGAUAUGCGCAUGAAAAUAGUAACUACGGCUACUGGAAAUUUCACACUAGACAAUUUUCAGCCAUAUAAAUUGUACAAAAUCAUGGUACAUGCAUCUGAUGUGUGUCAUUGUGAGAAUUUCACAAGAGAUGAAAAGACUUUUGGAGUGACCCACUUUUACUCAGUUGAAGGAGUUCCUAGGACAGGUCCUGCUAAUGUGACAAUUCUGAAUGUCACAAAGCAUUCUGCAUUUGUGAAGUGGACCAAAAUAGCUGCCGAAGACUGCUUGGGCUUUCUCCAGGGAUACAGGAUCAGCUACACAGAUUCAUCAGGGAAAAAGUCUCCGGCUGUUACUCUCAAUUCUUCUACCACAAGUUACCAUCUUACCACGCUGAAGGAAAAAACCAUCUACCGAGUGCAGAUCUCAGGAUUCACUAAUGCUGGUGAAGGACCUCUGACUCUUUCACAACCUUUCACCACUCCAAAAUAUGAUAAAGGAGAAUUUGAAGGUUUCGUGGCCAUCCUUUGCUUCAGCAUGCUGUUCAUUCUGAUUUUUGCACCUGUCACUUGUUCUCUAGUGCUUAAAAGGCUGAAAAUAUCAUGUUGGCCCAGCGUACCAAGUCCAAGAAACAGCAGUGCGCUUCAAGAUAUGACUAAUUGGAAGCCUGUUUCAAGGUCACUGCUUCAGGCCCUGUCAGACAAUGAUACCACCAGCCUUUAUGUCAUAGAGCAUGAUUCAAAGGCUCCUUUGAAGCUAGACCUCUUUACAGAUGGUGGGGAAGACAGCAAGUCAGGAAGUGACACUGGCCAGUCAGAAGAACCUAGCAAUAACACAGACAUAAGCCAAAGGCACGAAGAAAUCCCUGAAAAAGCAGUUACAAGUGAAGAAGAAGGAAUCAUUUCCAUUACAGUACCACUCCUGAGUGACUACACCAGCAUGGAGUUCAGCCAGAAAGCCCUGAUGAGUCUGACAGUGAAGCUGCCUGCAAGAGCUGCUCGACCUCAUCUGGAAAUGGAACUAAGCAGUAAGCCAGCACAAACUGAGCAUCAGGUUUUGUUUGCUCCCCAAGACUACCUCAAACAAAGCCAGGUAGUAUUUUUGCCAUCUGGACCAACUGUGAUGGGACAAGUAAAUUCAAACUGA